AUGUCCGGAGCAUCGAGCUGGUUGCAGAAAAUGAGAAAGGGGGAGCUAGUAGAGCUGUGCGAUUCCGUGGGCUACAAAGACUACGAAGGGCAGAAGAAAACCGAUAUCGAAGCCGGCCUGGAUGAGUAUCUCACCAAGAACGCCGCCCAACACUCCAGCGACCCGCGACUUGCCCAAUUCUACAAGACGAGAGGUCGUGGUGACAGCUCUCCAGUGAAGAGGGAAUCUGCAUCUGCUCUAUCAGAUGCCGAAACCAAGGUCAAGCAAGUCAAGCGCAGAGUUACAAAGGCUGCAGAGGAGUUUCUUCCAACCGAUGAUUCAGAAAUCGAGCCGGCAACUACACGCGCGCGUACCGCUCUGACCCGAACCCCUCGCGCAUCUGCGCUUGCUUUCGCAUCCAGUGUUCCGUUACCUCCGUCGCCAGCUGUUGUUGCCGACGCGAUUGAUCGUCGCACACAAGCUUUGCGCACGAGAGUUUCAAAGGCCUAUAAGCAAUCAGGACUCACCGAGACCGCAGAAGCUACGCGUGAAACACUAUCAACGGUUGUGGCUGUCCAAGUGCUCAUCUUUACCUUUGAACUCUAUAACUUGCGAAAGGAGCUCCUUGCCGACCGAUACGCGUUCACGAUCCCAUCGAUCGCGCUCCUCGGCACAGGUCCAUACGAUGUCGAAAUCCCAGAUCUCUUCCUGCUCUUGACAAGCUCAUUCUGGGGCCCCGCUACGUUGUGGGCUUUCACCAGCUUCAUCGUCCCGCUCGUCUCCGCAUACUUCUUCAACUUGACCGCCAAGCCCUCAAGGACUCGAAGCCACAGCACGCAUUUCACCUAUGCCUUUGAUCCCUUGACAUUCAGCAUCGUGAAGGCGCUACUGACAUUCGUCGUCUACGGACAGGAUGUCACGUUCGGCGGAUUAGUAGAUCUCGAGUAUGUUGCCAGGAUCAACUCGGCUCUCUAUGGCGGCUGGCAAGGUGUUCUUGUUGGAACUGGCAUUGGCUCUCUGGUCACAUUGUACGAGGCUGUUUUGAAGAAAUAG